GAACUAACAACUUAUCAACUAACUAACUAUCUAGAGCUCAGAGAAACAGUAUUAUAAAAUAAAUAAAUAAAUAAAAUAGAGAAAAUAGAAAACCAAAAAAAAAAAACAGAAAAAUUUCAGAAGAAUACAGGAAAAAAAUUGAUCGAUUGUACUCAUAUUAUGGUCAAUAGUUUAUGUUCUGUCUCAUAUUUUCUUUAAUCAUCUAAUAAGUUAAAACAUUAUACAAUUCAAUUCAUUUUCAUUAUCAUUGAUAUUACUGUCAAGGUCAUCAUAAUUAUUUAUAAUAAUAAUAAUAAUGAUAAUAGUAAAGUUUAAUGAUUUUGUCCAAACAGAAAUGUUUUAAUUCAUCGCAUGCAUGAAUUAUCCAUUAGAGUAACCAAUGGGAGAAUCAAAACAUGUUUAUAAAUGCGAUGAUUAGCAUUACUAUUCGUCUAAAUGUGUGAUCUUUUCCUUUAUAAUAAUAAUAAUAUACUUAGAUUAUAUUACAGAAUCCCGUAACUACGCCCUAAACUAUCAAUAUAAAUAACAAAUAUCAGAAGUUUAUAAAUUCAAAGGAAUUAAUUAGCAUUUUUUUGCCAAAUGGAUAUAGCUCGAUUCUCAUAACACCACACCACCCCACCCCAAAAAAACACAUAAACUCUACAAAGAUAUCUUUUUUUAAUUUAAUAUACAGUCUGUACAUUCAUUACAUAAUCUAAGCAAUAACUAUACAUCAUUACUACUAUUAUCAGUAUUUCAUUCUUUGGAUGUAUAACUUGUUAUAAUAAUGAUGAAUAUAUCAUUAUUAAUUAAUUAUAAGCCAAUUAUUCUAUUAUAUAAUGAAUUUUCAAUGAAAUCUGUGGAGACUACAUGAAUUAAUUCGUAUGAUUAUGCAAUGAAAAUUCCUACUCUUAAUUUUUCACCAUUUACAUGUAAAUAUAUCUAUUCAUAAAUUAUCCCAUUCUUAUAUUACAUAGAGAUAGAUAGAUAGAUUGAUUGAUUGAUAGAUAACAAUAAUAUAUAAAAUGGAUAAUAUACCAGAUCUAUCACAUUUAACUCCAGAAGAAAGGAAAAUUAUUGAAGAUGUAAUGAAUAGACAAAAACAAGAGGAGGCUAAAGAUUCACAACUAGUUAGCAAAGCCAUACCUGUAGGAAAUCAAAGUAUCAGAGAUCCAAUCAUCACUUCACGCUCAACACAUAUAACUAAUCCCAGUGAAAAAUCUCCAAUCAAUAUUGCCACAGUUAAUGGUAAGAAUGUGACUAAACUAUCCUCAUCAAGCAACACAAAUACCUCAUUACCGUUUGGUAAUACAGUAGUCAAUUUAAUGGCUGAAGCUGCACACGCUGUUACUGGAGGCAGUACAGGAACCACUGGUGGUUUUAGUGCUAGUCAUUCAGUGAAUGUAUGUGAAUCAUGCCAUAAAACUAAAUUUGCUGACGUUUCUGGAAAUCCAUGUAUUUAUUGCAAACGUAGGACGUGCACCAGAUGUGGAGGUCACAUGGAAAUCAAACCGAAUAUAGUUCACUGGGUCUGUAAACAAUGCGCACAAAAUCUCACAUCAGAUAGACAAAUAGUAACAUCUGGUGGGAAUUUACCUCAUCAUAUGGAAUCUUCAAUAAAUAGUAGUAUUACUGGACGUUUGGGUGAAAGUAUUAAGGAUUUUAUUUCCAAACCGAAAUCAUCAGAUGUUAAAAGGCAAUUACCCCAAUUGAAUGUAAAAAAUCAAAAUGUACCAUAUAUUUCCGAUGGAUCCAGAGGACAAACAAUACAACAUAGAAAUUCAGGUCGUACUCUAGCAAUGAAUCGAUCAAAUAGUUUAGAUGCAGAUAAAACGGCCUAUAUUAGCCCAGAUCAUUCUGUGUACCACGGUGAUCAACAGAGACCAUUUGGUGAUAAAUUUAAAAAAUAUGAUCAAAUUCCUGGUGAAUAUGGUCAUAUUGCAAGAUCUAGGCAUACAUCCGGUGCAUAUUAUCCAUUAGAUGAAAUCACUUCAUACAGAGAAGUGAAUAAUCGUUGUCCCCCUAAUGAUCCCCGAUUACAUGGUAAUACCUAUUUGGAUUCUACAUAUCCAGGUGAUUCAUUCCCUUCUGAUCCAUCGGAUUCACCAUGUCAAAGUGGUGGUGGUGAUAGUGGUACAAAAUAUAGUUUGUCUUAUGGAAAAGGUUCAGCGCAUGAAUUUGGCAGACACCAAGAAAUCAGAUAUAGAAGUGAUCAAAAUUUUCCUUCUCAAUCGCCAUAUUACAAACAAAACUAUCCAUCUAGUCCUUUUAGUGCACAACGACGAAAUAAACCAAAUUGGGAAACUUAUCGUUAUGGUGCUGUACCACCAAGAUAUCGUGACCAAUUACGCCAUCAUCAGUUACAUCAUCUUUCAUUUAGUAGUUCAGAUGGAGAAGAUUUCAGUGUUGUUGAUGAUGGCUCAGUACUAUAUCAAGAACCAAGACGUCGAUUAUUACCGACAAAUUUUGAAAGAAAAAAUUCACCAUAUUCUCAAGGAACUGUGACAGAUGAUGAUGAUCCAGCUAGUCAAUUUUAUAUUAGUAAACGUUCAACAACACCAUAUUACGAUAGACAGUUAAAACCAACUGUAUGGGAUCAAGAUAAAGCAUUAUCUUUAUGUGAUGAACCACCAGUAAGAUAUGCGUACAGUGAUGAAGCUCAACCUGUAUAUCAUAGACAACUACCUGAGAAUAGAUCUAUGGGAUAUCACAAAGAUGUUCAAUACAACCAUAAAGAUGGAACAGUUGUUACAAAAAGGUUACCACCGAAUAUUUCAUCAUCUCAACCAGUAACUUGGAGUGUUUCAGAGAAUGGUAAACGUUUAAUUGGUCAUAUGAUUUUACAAAAGAAAACUGAUCCACAUUUUGGUGAGCCUGGAUUAGGCCUUAAAUUAGCUGGUGGUCGACUCGACAAAUCUGGACAUUUAUCAGCAUUUGUGACACAAAUUAAACCAGGAAGUCCAGCAGAUAUUAUUGGGCAUUUAAAAUCUGGUGAUGAAAUUUUAGAAUGGAAUGGACAACCAUUACGCGGUCUUAGUGCUGAUGAUGUUUCACAAAUCAUAUAUCAGUCAAGAGAUGAAUUACAAGUGGAAUUAUUAGCUCAAAGAGAAUUGAAUGAACCUGCAAACACACCAACUGAUGAUUUUGUAUUAAUGGUUCCGAAUCGUUCUGAUUGUCUUAAUCCGAAUGAAAUGGAUUCCGUUGAGCAUAAUAUUAAAUCUAGUUUACAUUUGAAAUUAUUCUACGACGAAAUUAAACAUCAAUUAAUUGUCACUAUUCUAGAGGCUCGAAAUCUACCUAAUAUAAAUAAGGCUUCUAGAAUGCCAUGUAAUUUUUAUUGUCGUUUGUGCCUUCUUCCAGAACAAGUAGAGUACAAUUCUCGAUGCACAAAACUAGUCAGUUGUAGUGGUAAUAAUACAAAUCCUGUAUGGAAUCAAGUUUUUCGAUUUACCAAUCUCACAGAUAAUGAUUUGAACAAAUUACAUUUAGAAAUUACAAUAUGGAAUUGUAAUGAAUAUUCAGAUGAACAAUAUAAAAUUGGCGAGAUUGUAAUUGAUCUCAGUGUAGCCGAUUUAUUAGAUGUUGGAUAUUGGUAUUCAAUAAGAUCAUUUCAUCGUUUUUUUUCUGCAACAGAAUUAUCAAAUAUGAAUCCUGAUGUCAACUCUGCCCCAUACGAUCUCCAGCCAUGUACUACUACACAAGUUCCAGAAAGACCAAUUAAAUCAAGAUAUCGUGAAUCAGAACAACAAUGGUCACCGAAAUCUGAGUAUCGUCAUUCCGAUAUACCAGAUGAUAAUACUAGAAAAUUGAAAUCCAUACGAGAUGACUAUUCUGAUAUUGAUGAACAGAGAUUUUCUGCAUCUAUUAGACAGAAUAGGAAAUUUACUGAUCAUGAAUAUUAUCGAGAUGGAACUGAAGGGCAUCAUCGUGGUUCAAGGCUACAUCCUAGUGCUCAAAAUUUUGAAUACGGUGGCCUAGAGGAGAAUGCUAUUCAAUCAGAUGCUUCAGAAUUUUCUGAUCUUUCUGAAAUAUCUAGGAUGAGUUUACAUACAAGUCAAUCAGAUCGUCAACGUAUGGAAUCAAUACAAACAUCACGUAAUGGAAGUCAACAAUUUGAAACUCCUACACAAUCCUAUAAUGAAAGACAUUCUAGAAAUGUACAAAAACCAGAUAGAUUAGAUCAAAAUUUUCUACCGUCUGUUGAACAAUCAACAAGAGCUAGAAGAGAUUCAAAUAGGAUAGAAAAAGAUAUCAUUGUUCCUACUGAAGAUGAAGAACAACAUGAAUUAAUUGCAAAAGAUAAUAGAAAUUUUGAAAGUGGUUCUAGUCCAAGGAUAACAUCAGCUGAUGAUUAUGGAGGUGGUCAAGUUUCACGAUCUUUAAUAGAGAAUAAAGUAUCUAAUUUUGAAAUAGCUCAAAAUGUUCAUAGAGAUCAAGUGGAUGGUAGGAAAAGACGACCGAAUAUAGGCCAAAAGUUUUCUAAUGUCCUUGGCCGAUCCAAUAAGAGUAGCAGUACAUCAACUUUAGAUAAAAAAUCAAGAACGAGUUUCCAACGUAGUGAAGAAGUAUUACCAUUUGGAGGAUAUGGUGCUAUAUUUGAAGGUCAAGAACAAGAAGGAUCAUUUAGUCAUGGAAGAUUAUCAAUGAUGCAUUGUCAAUCAAGUAUAAGUAGUGGAAAAAGUGACGGUCGAAAUUCUAGAUAUGGUACAAAUUCAGAUACUACUGAUCAAGAAAGUGUUUAUAUGGGUCGUAAUGAAUCUCACGUUGGAGAAUUUGUUGAAGGUCUUGGUCCAGGACAAUUAGUUGGACGACAAGUACUUGGAAUGCCCUGUCUUGGAGAAAUACAAUUAAGCUUUUAUGAUCGGAAAGGUCAUUUAGAAGUUGAAGUAAUUCGUGCUAGAGGUUUACAACAAAAAAAUACAGCUAAGCCAUUACCAGCUCCAUAUGUUAAACUACAUUUAUUGGAAGGUAAACAAUCUGUAGAAAAAUUACGAACAAUGUAUCCUCCAAGACGUACAUUGGAUCCACUUUAUCAACAACAAUUAUGUUUCUCAGUUCCGUAUCAUGGAAAAAUUCUUCAAAUCAGUGUAUGGGGUGAAUAUGGACGUAUGGAUAAGAAAGUAUUUUUAGGAAUGUGUGAAAUUGUUCUUGAUGAUUUAGAUUUAAAAACAGUUGUAUUUGGUUGGUAUAAAUUAUUUGGAAUGAUUGCAUCGAAUGCACAACAUCAUCACCAUCAUCAUCAUAAUAAUCAUAAUCAAAAACAACAACAACAACAAGAAAGACGAAAAAGUUUAUCAUCUUCUUCUACACCAUUAGAUAAUGCACAGAAUAUAAAUAACAAUAAUAAUAAAUUAAUUGGAUCUAAACUUGACAAAUUAACUAAUCGUAGCAGUAGUAUUAGUAGUAGCAGUAAUCAUAAUAAUAAAAAUAAUGAACGUAAUAAUCGAACAAAAUCUAAAUCCUCACAAGAAAUCAAUAAAUCUAUACAACAAUCAGGAUUCAAUAAAACUAAUAAUGAUCGGAUACAAUCUAAUUUGAAUAUGAUUUCAUCGAAUUUAAUAAAACGAUAGUGAUUACAUCAAAUGCUCAUUUAUACAUAGAAAUAAAUGAAUAGAGAAUGUUCUUUUAUUAACUAACCCCCCCCUCCAGAAAUAUAUAUAUAUAUAUACAUAUACAUACAUUAUAUCAUUCUUAAAACAUAUUUUUUCUAUAGCAACUAACAUAUUACAAAUUAUAUACUUUUCAUCAAAAAGAAAAAACAAAAUAAAAACAAAAUGAACUAUCUCGCAUUAUUUUUUUAUAUGAAUUAUAUAAUUCUUGCCUCGUAAAGUACAAAUGGAUUGGUCUAAGAGGUCACCAAUUUACCUAUGGUAAUAGAGUAUAUACACACACCUAUAUACAUAUGUGUGUGUGUGUUUGUGAAUUAGAGAUAAAGCAGUAAUAUUGAUUACAAUUAUUAAAUAAUAAUAUCUAUUACAUCUUUCUCUAUUUAACAAGUAGAUUAGAGGUACUAUUUUCUUCAAUUACAAAUCUAUCUAUUUAUCUAUCUACCUAUCUAUCUUUCUUCCUUUCAUUAAUAGUUAUCUAUAAUCAUUUAAACACUUGCAAACAUUUAAUAACUUAGAUUAUUAUUAUUAUUAUUCUAUGUAAAUUUUAAAGUGAAUUAUUUCAUAGAUAUUGAAAAGAACUAUUCCAUGAACACAUAUCUUUGAACAAUUUUUCAUUACUCAAAAAAAAAGAGAGAAAAUAUUCCAUAACGAUUUGUUAUGUAAUGAGUAUUAAUAGCCUAAUUCUUUAUAUAAUAUUUAUUGAAUCAAUUUAUAGUCCUCUUAUCGAUCUAUCUAAUUAGUAAUUACCCCCCCUUUUUUUUUCUUUAUAAAAAGAAAAUAUAUACAAAUAUAUCUUUCUUUUUAUUUUUCAUUCUUCAUCGAUAACUAUACUUAUUUAUACAGAUAUAAUAAUUUAUAGAUUCUGGGGCCAUUAAAUUAAUCAUCUCCUUUUUUCCCUCCCCCCCCUCUCUUUGAUUUCCUUAAGAUUUCAUUAGAAUUAUUUGUAAUUAAUAAUACACUCUAUGUACUAUUAUUAUUGUUGCUAAGAUAUAUUUGUUAACAGAUCGUUUUAAAGUAAACUGAAAUCAUUCCAUAUAAAUGAAUAUCUUUUAUUAGUUCAACAGUGCCAAUAUAUCCUCAAGCAUAAUUCCACCCCACCCCUCUCUCUCUCUGUCUUUCUCUGCCUCUGUCUUUAUUCUCAAAUUUUAUCCUGUUCUAUAAAAUCUUCUAUUCUUUAUGUUUUAGCAAAUUUUUCAUUUAAUUGUUUCUAAAGAAUAUUUAAAAAACAAAACAAAACUCCCAGUUGAUCUUUAUUUUCUGUUUAUGAUAAAAUUUAGAUUAGAUUUCCUCAAUAGUUUAAUUAAAAUAUAGUUUGUUUGUCUAUUGGAUUAUGUAAGAAAAAACAAUUGAAAGAAACAAUUUUUAAAAAAUAAAAAAACUACAUGGAAACUAAUCACCCUGAAUGUUUGUAAAGUCCUUUUUUUCAUUAAACGAUCACAGAAACAAAAAUAAUAAUUUCGAAGUUUA